AUUUUCUGAAAUGGCGGGUAAUUCUCCUCAUGGUGGAGGUUUUCCGGGUGCCGGGGAUGAUUUUGAUGUCAUGACUUUGCCCCCGAGGGUCCGACCCUUUAUUCCCGAGAGGUAUGCUCCGCCAGCACAUGUCCUUCCCCGGGCCAUUUUUCGUCAUUUUACUGAUUUUGAUGAUCGAGCACCUGGGGAUCUACUUCUGCGGGAGCCAGAGCAUCACCUCUCCUAUGAGGCACGAGAG